GGCGCAUGCGCAGCCGGCCCGGCCAUGCGGGUGCUGGUGGGUGGUGGGACUGGCUUUGUGGGCAGAGCCCUGACCCAGUUGCUGCGGAGUCGUGGGCAUGAAGUCACCCACGUGUCUCGACAAGGAGGCAAGGAUCGGAUCAGCUGGGAAGAGUUGUCGCACUCUGGACUGCCCCUGUGCGAUGCCGUGGUGAACUUGGCUGGUGAAAAUGUCCUCAACCCUUUCCGCAGAUGGAGUGAUGCCUUCUGCAGGGAAGUCAUCAGCAGCCGGGUUGAGACCACCAAGACCUUGGCCAAAGCCAUUGCUGAUGCUGAACAGCCACCCCGUGCUUGGGUCCUCGUCACUGGCGUAGGCUAUUACCGCCCUAGCCCCACAGCUGAGUAUACUGAGGACAGUCCUGGGGGGGAUUUUGACUUCUUCUCACGUCUGGUGAGCUCCUGGGAGGCUGCAGCUCUCAUCCCUGGGAGCCCAGCUCGUGGUGUUGUGGUGAGAUCUGGGGUGGUGCUGGGCCGAGACGGUGGUGCAAUCUCUCAAAUGCUCUGGCCUUUCCGUCUGGGACUAGGAGGCCCCUUGGGCUCUGGGCUCCAGCCCUUCCCAUGGAUCCACAUUCGGGACCUGACUGGGAUCGUGUGUCAUGCCCUGGAGAGUGAGUGCCUGCAAGGUGUCCUCAAUGGUGUCUCCCCAUCCUCCCCUGCCACCUCCAAUGGGACCUUUGCUCAGGAGCUUGCUGCAGCCUUGGGACGCCCAGCCCUGCUGCCAGUGCCUGCUUGGGCUGUGCGGGCUAUCUUUGGGGCAGAGCGGGCCAUCAUGCUGUUGGAGGGCCAGAGGGUGGUGCCAAAACACACCCUGGAGAGCGGCUACCAUUUCAUUUUCCCUGACCUGUCUGGAGCUCUGAAGGACAUUGUGGCUUGAGGGCUCCUCAUUUGGGCUGUGUUGGGCCCUGUUUUUAUGAGAUCCCUGGCUCGCAUGCCUUCCCCUGGGUGAAAGAGGGUAGCCCUGCCCCUUCUUGACAAUUCCCCAUACAGAGAGGGUGAGCAAUCUUCUUCCCUUCUGUCUCCCUUUGUGCAUCCCCAGUUUAGGAGUCAUCCCUCUUAUUGCCAUCUGCAGUCUCCACAUUACCUGCUUUUGGGGAAGGGCACAAGCCUCUCUAAGGAUUGUGAGUGCUGAAUCUGCCAUCUUCCCUUUUCCAGUGUGCAUGUGAGCUGCUUGCAGAGCAGCUAGGGGUUGUAAUUAAUGUCUUCUCCCCUGAGAGACAGGGGUGGCAACAGGAGAGGUGUUCAGGUGUUGUAAUUCUCCUUCAUCUUGCUGGAAGUCCCUCUUCCUGUUUUUCCCCAUGUCUUUCCCCCAUGGUCACAAGGGGACCUAGUUAUGCUCUUCUGCUUUGCCUUUCUCAGUCUCAUAGGAAAUGGAGUUGCAGUUGUGGGACAAGAUCCACCUUGAGGGAGCACAGAGGGUGCUGGAUACAGAUGGCUUGGAGACUGCCAUCUCUGUUCUUGUGGUGCCUCUGUGCUGGUACCAAGUUGCUGUGUCGGAACCUCCAGCUGAGCCUAGGCCCAAGAGUUGCAACCCUCCAAGGUUGCAUAACCUUGAUGCUGUGGUGGGCAUGAAGGAGAACACUGCUUUGCCAGCCUGUAGGGACAAGGGUGGCAGUCUGUUGCACCUGGACUGCUCUUGAGGCCUUGGGUAAGUGUCGACUACAUCUGAGCUUGUGCUGAGGAGAAUCUGGGUGGUUCAUCUUGGUGUGAGGUGGUGUGAGGUAGUGCAAGGCACUGCCUUAGUCUAAAGGGAGCACCUCAGCUGUUGACUGUUGUAGUUAUCUGGUCCCUGGCAAGGUGGUUUUCCUUUAUUCAUCCCAUGAGGUGGUACUUUUAUUAAGGGCAUUCCCACUGAUUGGACAGUGAGAAUAUCCAGGCUGCCUGGGCUGCCUUGGGAAGCAGUAUCUCUUCUCUUACGGAGAACAUUGCAAUUUCAUCAUCUCAUACUGUAAGGAAAUGUAUCCACAUGCUUCCCUUAACCCAUUUUCACAUGCCAAAGUGGGUUGCAGGAUGUGAAAUCUACAGAGCAGCUAAGUUCAUUAUAGCACUGCUUCUGGAGAAAUAUUCCUACUGUGAUGUAAUUUGGGGCUAGAAAAAUAUAUUUAAAAGCACUUCAGGAAGUUAAAAAGACCUGCUCCAUUCCUGAAAUAAGAAACCUUCCAGAACAAGAACCUGGCUUAUGCCAGGUUAAUGUGGUCACAGUAGCGGAAGGGUCAAUCUUGGUGGAGUCUAGGCUCCCCACUCACCUACCUCUUUGCUCAGUCCAUACUGGAGAUGGAAUGGCAAUCUGCUGACUUUCUGGGCGGAAAAAUUAGAGCAGGACUGUCCAGCUGGAGCUAGAGAUAGUCCUUGCAGUCAGUGCGAGCACAGCCAGGUGAGCUGCGACUUUGGGAAUAGCUAUAAAAGCAACAUCACCUGAGAUAAAUGUGGCUUGCUUGGAUUGUGUCUGUGCUGCCUGUAAGUUGGGUGCAGAUUCUUUUAUCUUCCCAUGUGCCUCAGUUUCCUGUCCUUGAGAGCAGGCUGACCUACUCUGAGUUACAGACCCAGUUCAUUGUGGGGCAAUACAAUGCAGAUGAUCAGCAGUGCUUCAUCUUUAGUUACUCCAGCUACCUUUUUAGAGCCUCAGACUUCAGUCUGCUUCCCCAGAUGUAGUGGACUACAGCAUCCUUCUGUCAGGCAAGCUGGUUAGCUAGCCCAAUUAGGUUGUUUCUGUACCUGUAUGUACCUUCAUCAUUGCAACAGCCUUGGGUUGUGAUUGGAAAUAAAGACAAGUAUGGCUGGAGAAGAACUGGCAUCCUGCAGCUCUUCUGAAAGAGGGUUGCAUGUCCCGUGAAAGACUACCACUAAGCAGAGUUCCUAGGCCUUGGGCUCCCUGCCUGGAUGGGAACUCACUCAGGAUUUUGAAGGGUUGCCUCUGCAUGACAUUUGGCUUAAGCACAUGUCACAGGACUUAGAUGAGCUUCUGACACCUCAAUCCCAGUAUGGGUUCUGAAAUUGAUGCCUGAUACAUCAGUGCCCCUGCCUGGACCCAAGGCCUCCUACUUGCCCAGCUGGUCCAGCUUGAAGUUUGCUGGUGGAUACACAUGCACACCGCAUGCGUGCCUGGUUUGUGGGAGAUAACAGUCAGUCACCUCCUCCAGCAACCAGGCACACAAGCUGUGAG